CUAAGGUAAACUUUUCGGUCCCUAGACACAGUUUCAACUGAACGAUAAAAGUUUUUAGGCGGGAAAAGUUUCUGAGGUGUUUAUUUUUCUUUUGGACUAUGAAAUAUGGCAGAGCUGUUCCCGUUCCUGUCAACCACUCAUCUACAACAAUGAUUGCAUCCGGGACAGCAUAGGAUGAAUAUCACCACCCUGCUCAACGACACAGCAAAUGAAACACUGAACCACACGUUUAAUGAAACAAUAGACGAUGAAACUUACAUACCGUACCGUGAAAGGCCGGAAACGUAUAUUGUUCCGGUUUUGUUUUUCCUUAUCGUUAUAGUCGGGGUGCUGGGCAAUGGCACUUUGGUGGUCAUUUUCGUCAGGCAUAGGAAUAUGAGGAAUGUUCCUAACACAUAUAUCCUAUCAUUGGCGCUAGCAGACCUGCUAGUAAUCCUUACCAGUGUUCCAUUUACCUCUGUAAUAUAUACCCUCGAGUCCUGGCCAUGGGGAGAGCUGAUCUGCAAAGUUUCAGAAACUGCCAAGGACAUAUCAACAGCAGUAUCGAUAUUCACAUUGACAGCACUAUCUGCAGAUCGAUUCUUCGCCAUAGUGGAUCCCUUGAAGAAAUUUCAUGCUAGCGGUAAACGAAUAACUCUUCCAGGAGGAGGUAAAAGAGCUACACGAGUAACCUUGUGCACAGCCUUCUCGAUAUGGAUACUAGCGACAAUCUGUGCCAUCCCAGCAGCGAUUGGUUCCCACAUAAAAGGAGUUCCAGAAGGAAACGCGCAGUUCUUCGUUUGCUACCCAUUUCCACAACACUGGCUGAACGACAAGUAUCCCCAGGUGAUGGUCAUGGGAAAGUUCCUACUAUUCUACAUAGUACCUUUGGCCAUCAUAGGGAUCUUCUACUUGAGUAUGGCCGCAGCUCUGAUGGUCAGUGCCAAAAAUAUGCCUGGGGAGUUACAAGGCAUGCAAAGACAGAUGAAAGCAAGAAAGAAGGUUGCUGUAACAGUAUUAGUGUUCGUGUUGGUGUUUGCAAUAUUUUUUGCACCUUUGCACGCCUUCAUGCUAUUUUUCUACUUCAAUCCCGAUUCUCUGAAGCUGUACAAUGCAUUCUGGCACUACUUGAGGAUCGUCGGAUUUUGCCUGUACUACAGCCAUUCAUGCGCCAAUCCUAUUGCACUGUACUUCGUCAGCGGAGCUUUCAGGAAGUAUUUCAAACGGUAUCUCCUUUGCAAAAAGCAGAAUCCGCGAUACAGCGGAUUUGGAAACCAGACUACAAUGACCGUAUUGUCGGUGAAACGAGGACGUUCAUCGAACAAAGGAUGUCGUCUCAAUCCAACUGUCAUGCAGGAAACAUCAGUCAGUUUGAUGGGAACUGUAAACGGGCAUCACGUCUGCUCAAAGACACGAUGAAACUGUAUUAUUAUUGAUUUUUGUUAGUUUUGAGUAUAUUUAUAUUCAGUAGUCUAUACAGGGUUUCCCAAUUAUUCGAAUAAAAGUGCUACUUCUAAGAAUUCUAAAAAAAUUCGUCCAACGUAAGUCGAUUAGAACGCUGUAUUUAGAAUAGCCGCACAAAAAUGAAUUGCAAGUACACUUCUGGUUCCAUUCACGAUAGUUUCGCGAAGAUUAAUCAUUUAUGGAUGCGAUCAAAAUACAAACUUUCCAGUUGGUACUGACUAAUGGAAUAGGAAACGGCAAUUUUUGAAUUGAUACAACAUGGAUUUGUUUAAUACAAAACAUAUGAUAUUUUUGUUUCUGCUUAAAUUUCAAAGUAUUCCAUGUACGCCAAACUGUAAAUAAACACUUCAAAAAAUUCUGUUUCAAGCUGAUAGGUGAAUUUUUCUAGAAAAAUUGCCCUGUAGUUAUGAUUAGGUCACUCCUGUAAUCUGUCAUCACUGAAAUCGGACGGCUUUAAUGGUGAAGCUGUUAUAGACCCGAUUGUAGUGCCUAAAAACCAUUCAUAAUCCAGUAGUAGGAUGAACUAUUCCAAGCCAGUUUAUGUUGGAAUGCUGACGGGAAAAAUUAAAAACGAUAUAAUCUGCUUCAGAAACCAGAAAAAAUCAGUCGAAAAUUUGCAUUCUCAUACCUUAAUGCAAUUGCCGCUUUGACUAUUGCAGAAAGUAUAGGGCAGAGCAAUCAGUUGACUCGUUCUACUAUUUUAUAGAUCCAUCAUUUGUAAAAAGAAUGAAUUGGUGGUUAUCAAUUUUAUUCAAAGAUCCUGAUAUUGGGAAAAUUCUAAUUUCGUCCGACAUAUUGAUGAUAAAAGGUGAAACACUGUAUACGUUUACUGUAUCUUCUAUAUCUGUGCAUGUGCAUACGUUUUUAAUUAAUAACUCAUUGAAACAAUGUCAUUUAGAUCCACAGAAUAUGGAAUUUAUUUUAGGUAAUUGUCUCAUUUUGAAAUUAAUGCAAACUCUCAUUCAAAAUUAUGUACUUUAUAUUUUAUACAUGCU